AGGCAUCAAGCUGCAAGGCUCAAAAACUUGCUCGAAGGGGUGACGCGACGAUGGAUGAGCCGUUUUGUUCUGGGUUAAAUUAAAAGCAAUUAUUCUUCCUUGUCGCCAGUACUUCGGAAUGAUAGAUGAUUGAUCAGUGUGUGCCUUUAUUACCGAUUUGAAUCAAUUUUGUCUGCUAUCUACUUGUUAGUUAGGAAGCAUGUUGCGCUUGCUGCUGAGGUUGGGUCCGAGGUCAACUCUGCGGAGCUGUGCUGCUUCCUGUUCCAUUCAUGGCAGCAACACCAUAAUCAGAGCAUACUCCACAAGAAGUCUCAGACACCUCCAAGAGAGGGGACUGCUGUCUGAAAUAUUUCCAGAUGACGGCCGACUGCAGGACGUGCUAAACUCGUCAGAGCAGUGCUUCUACAGUGGCUUCGACCCCACGGCUGACUCCCUGCAUGUGGGAAACCUGCUUGUUCUGGUGGCCCUGCUGCACUGCCAGAGGGCAGGACAUGAUGUCAUUGCUGUGAUAGGUGGCGCCACGGGUCAGAUCGGCGACCCCAGCGGACGGCGGACCGAGCGCUCCCCGAUGGAGGUCGAGACCGUGGAAAAGAACGCCUCGGCCAUCGAGGAGAACCUGCGCCGCGUGUUCUCCAACCACGAGCGGUACUUUUGGCGAGAGCGUGGCGAAACGGACCCUCUGCCGCCUCUGAGGGUAUUGAACAACAUGGAGUGGUACUCGCAGUAUUCGCUGGUGGAUUUUCUCGCCAUCAUCGGACGCAGGUUUCGGAUGUCCAACAUGCUGUCUCGGGCGUCGGUCCAGUCGCGCCUUCAGAGCCCUGACGGCAUGAGCUUCACCGAGUUCACCUACCAGGUGUUCCAGGCGUAUGACUGGCUCUACCUGUGGCGGCGGCACGGCUGCGCCUUCCAGGUGGGCGGCGCCGACCAGCGGGGUAACAUGGUCUCCGGCUACGAGCUCAUUACCGGCACCACCGACGAGGAGGUCGACGUGUUUGGUCUGUCGGUGCCCCUCAUCACGUCAGAGGAGGGCGCCAAGCUGGGGAAGUCGGCCGGCAACACGGUGUGGCUGGACCCGCAGCGCACCUCGCCGUUCGACCUGUACCAGUACUUUGUGCGCCGACCCGACGGCGAGGCGGAGCGACUGCUGCUGCUGUUUACGUUCUACCCGCCGGCCCAGGUGGCGGCCAUCAUGGAAAAACAUCACGAGAAGCCGGAGUCUCGUCACGCGCAGAAAAAGCUGGCUGAGAGUGUCACCACUCUGGUACACGGGGGGGAGGGGCUGCGCUCGGCCAAGCGCGUCACCAACGCCAUCUAUUCGCGGGAUCCGGAAGCUCUAGUGUCGCUGGCGGACGCUGAGCUGCGCUCCAUGUUUCGCCACUCGCCGGUCGCCGAUCUAUCUCUGCGGUCGGGAAUGACCACACUAGACCUGGCGAUGGCUGCAAAGUGCUUUAGGAGGGAAGCGGACGCGGCGCGAAUUAUAAGUGCGGGCGGCUUCCACAUCAACCAGCGCCGAGUCACGUCCGCCGAGGAGGUGGUGUCGGCCGAUAGUCACGUGCUGCCCAGCGGCCUAACGCUGCUGAGAGUCGGAAAGAAGAACUACUAUAUCGUCAAAUGGGUGUAAAGAACUGACGACAAUACUAAGAAGAGUCACCGCUCGUGUAUCGGAUAACGCCACGGCGUUUCGGAUUAUCGUGACACGGAGGGCAGUUUGUUGAUCUCGAUAUGAAGCCGCUGUCCUCAGAAAGGCCAUGAAAUGCUCCGAGGAAUGUGUACACUGUACGUACUGUUCAGGCAUCGGUAGGAUUGUGAUUGCAGGAUUGCAAAAUCCUGAUUGCAUUCCUUUUUGGUGGAUUGCACCUGGAUUUGAAAUCCAUUCCAAAAAACAGGAUUUGAUUGCAGAUUGGAUUGCAUCAUGCUUCCAAUUUUUGCAAUCCAAUCCGGAUUGUGUUUGAUUAGUGCUUUGAAAUGGUUUGUUGCGAUUGAAAAUUAUGAGAUCGGCUUCAUCGGCUUCAUGUACUUUGCUAUCAAGGGCUUUAGGUACAUCGAAACUUGAAAUAAUUUAAACGCUUUUAAUUUAAACGCUCAAAAUAAUAUGCGCUGAUGAACUACAUAGGAAGGGCAAAAUUACGUAUUUGAGGGCGAGUUUUAAAAAUAUAAAACACUGGUUGGGUAGAGGUUUAAAUGUGGGGGUGUUUGAGGCAAAAAAAAAAUAUUUCCCAUAAAAUACCUGUGCCUUAGAUAGGAAUUACUCGCAAGACUAGGUACUAGAAAUGGGUGAUUUGGGGAUGGAGGCACGGCCCUAUGCCCCCCCCCCUCCCCCAGAUCCACUAGUGCACAUAAUAAUACAACAGGAUUGCAAAAAAGGAUUGCGGAUUUGAUCACAAUCCAAGUGAAAAAAGGGGAUUGCGGGUAGGAAUGCAAUCCACUUCGGCACUAGGAAUGUGGAUUGGGAAUGCAAUCCUUUCAAAAAGGAUUUUACCGAUGCCUGGUACUGUUUUUAUCAACAGUUACAGCAUGUUUUGAACGUGUGUGUGUCUGUGAUUGUGCGGACUUGCUGAAAUGCAAUCGGUGACUUCUAG